AUGUUUUCUUCAGGUUCAGCGCAAUCACAUGCCCGGGAGCCACUGGUACCAUCAAGAAAAAAGAGUUGCAUCGGUCGUCGUAAGCCGUCAACGGUGGAAGCGCUUGCAGAGGAUCUCAACUCCAUAAUGCAUCAAGAGCAGUUAUGUUCUGGUUCAGCGGUUCGUACCAUUCCAGGAUCCUCGGAUGAAGACCUACUGAUUUAUCAUAGAGAGACUCCCGCUAGCUGCUUUGAGAUUGGGCAUGGAAGCAUGCUUCUUACACAUCCAAACUCAGUAUCAGAAGCAAAUUCUGUUCCUGCACAUAGCAAGUCAUAUGUGACAAGUCAGUCCAAUUCGGGGCCUGCCUCACUUACUCUGCAUAGGGGAAGCAACGGAGCGAGCAACUCAAAUGCCGCAUCUCAGAAGCUAAUGUGGUCACAUGAGAGUGCUAGGAGGCAUGAACUUCAUUAUUCGGAGAGCAAGAAAGUAGGAGGAAGGGGAAACGCCGGUGGCGCUUUGAGAGGCCUUACCAAGUCCACUAUGAAGUCUCUCAAAAGACUUUAUGAAAGCCAGCCUCAAAUCUUCACAGAUGCAGAAGUGAGAGGAGGAACCAUGGACAAGGCUUCUUCCAAAUCUGGGGCCAUGGCUUCUUCUCCGUUGAGAUUGAGAAUGCCGAAAUCUGGCAAUGCAACUGGAGGAGGAGCAGCAGCAGCACUUAACCGGUUCAUGUUACCCCCAGGCAAGUUAUCAUCCAUGCCGGCCCCUCCGGACAAGGAUGGUGAUCAGGACUCGCUGCUGUUGGAGGUUCCUCGCAAUGUGCGGCACCCGGAGGCAGAGCUUCUUCGCUGCUGCCCCCACCAUCUCAGCUCAGCUCUGUGACCCUAACCGCAGCAUCGCCUCCGAGCUAGCAAUCCCACCUCCGUUAGCGAUCAGCUU